CAUGUCCGGCCUUGCAAGCCACACAAACGCCACUCAAAGACGCGAGCUAACCAGCGGCCGGAGCGAACCACCUUGCCGUCUCCAGGAACGGGAGCAGCAGCCGGAGCCAGCUGCGGAGCGGGAGAGGGCGCAAGGCAGGAGGAAGUAGAUGAUGGCCAGGGCGGAGCCGGAGCUGGUGGUGCCUCUGCUUCGCCUCGCCGCCGUCGCUCUCCUCUUGUGGUGCUCCCCCGCCGCCGUGGUGUCGGCCCGGAAGGUGGGCGAGACGUGCGCGCUGGACCGGAACUGCGACGCGGGGCUGCACUGCGAGACGUGCGUCGCCGACGGCAACGUGCGCCCGCGCUGCACCCGCGUCACCCCCGUUGACCCGCAGACGAAGGCGCGGAACUUGCCGUUCAACCGGUACGCGUGGCUGACGAUGCACAACUCCUUCGCGCGUCUCGGCCAGCGGUCGCAGACGGGGGUCGCCAUCGCCACGCCGUGGAACCAGCAGGACACCGUCACCGAGCAGCUCAAAAACGGCGUGAGGGGGCUGAUGCUGGACAUGUACGACUUCCGCAACGACAUCUGGCUCUGCCACUCCUACGGCGGCAUCUGCCAAAACUUCACCGCAUUCCAACCGGCGGUGAACGUGCUCCGGGAGAUCGAGAGCUUCCUGUCGAGGAACCCCUCCGAGGUGGUGACCAUCUUCGUCGAGGACUACGUCGAGUCGCCGAUGGGGCUCACCCGGGUGCUCAACACGUCUGGCCUGUCCAAGUACCUCUUCCCCGCCUGGCGCAUGCCCAAGAACGGCGGCGACUGGCCGUUGCUCAGCGACAUGGUUCGCGACAACCACCGCCUGCUGGUCUUCACCUCGAAACCCGCCAAGGAGGCCGCCGAGGGCAUCCCCUACGAGUGGCGCUACGUCAUUGAGAACCAGUACGGGAGAAAGGGGAUGGUGAAGGGGUCGUGCCGCAACCGCGCCGAGUCCGCCGCCAUGAACGACCUGUCGAGGUCGCUGGUGCUGGUGAACUACUUCAGGGACAUCCCCAACUUUCCAGAGGCGUGCAAGGACAACUCCGCGCAGCUGCUGGACAUGCUCGCCACCUGCCACGGCCAGUCCGCGGACCGAUGGGCCAACUUCAUCGCCGUGGACUUCUACAAGAGGAGCGAUCGAGGCGGCGCGGCGGAGGCCACGGACAGGGCGAACGGCGGCCUGGUCUGUGGGUGCGGGAGCAUAUCUGCUUGCAGCGCCAACGGUACAUGCAGUCUCCGGCACGGCAGAACGCCCAAAGGCAUCUUCAACGCCUCAUCGGAAGCCACGGCGUGGCGGCCGCCGCCGGUGCUGCAGUGGCAGCGGCUGGUCCUGCUACCUGCUCUCCUCUCUCUACUUCUGUGCCUGUAAAUCCAUCAGGUUUCUCUGUAGAUAGAUUGGUUUCAGCCAGCGAGAAGCUUAGGUCACAUUAAUCUCUGUAUCUAACAGUUUGCUUGCAUAGUUAAGCAGAGGUACCUGUGAGUGAAGUAUGUGUUUGAUGA